AUGGCAAUUGUUGAGCUUGAUGAGUUCAAAACAAUACAGUUGAAGAAACCAAAUAGUGUUGGGAGGGAAGUUGCUAUAGAGGGAAGGCAGUGUUGGAAGAUGCUAGAUUGUUCCUUUUACAAAGCUAACUUUGAUGCUGCUUUUGAUAAGGGUAGUGAAAAGAUGGGUAUUGGCAUUGUUAUUAUUGAUCGUAAUGGGGAUGUGUUGGCUACUUUAACAACAUCAAAAGACAAGGUUGGUUCAGUUUUCCAUGCUAAAUGUUAUGCACUGAGUAGAGCUUUGAGGUUAUGUGAGGAGCUGGGGAUGGAACAAGUUCUCUUCAAAGGGGAUGCAAAGUCUGUUGUGCAUGCUAUUAAUUCUAGGACUGAGGACAAUUCAUGGAUGGGUCAAGUGAUUGAAUAUAUGAAGUCUCUAUUACCUGCGCAUGAUUCAUCGACAACUAUUUUUUCUUAUCGAGAUAGCAAUGUGGUAGCGCAUACUCUCGCUAAAUUGGCUAUGAAAUCUGAUGCUAAAUCUAUCUGGUUAGGGGAGGGACCCAAGGAGAUUUUAUCUGUAAUUGUAAAAGACAAAUAUGGUAUUGGUUGA